AUGCUGCUCGUAAUCCUCCUGCUGCUCCCGAUCGCCGCGAGCGACGCCUACUGCGACGCGCGCGCCUUCGGCGCCGCGGGCGACGGCGUCAGCGACGACACGGCGGCCAUCACCGCGGCUUUGGGCGCCUGCGACCACGUCGUGCUGCGCAAGGGCUCCUACCUCUCCGGCACGGUGCGCCUGCGGAGCCACAGCGUGCUCGAGAUCCGCGCGUCCGCGGCGCUGCUCGCCAUCAAGGCGAAGCGGGGCCGCUACGCGCGGCCCGAGGCCGACUUCUACAGGAAGCGGAAGAAGACGGCCUGGAACCAGGGCCGGAACAGGGUGAUGCAACGUCGCUUCAACGCCUGGAACCAGGACCGGUUCCAGGACUACGGCCACAGCAACCUCGACGACGCUCUAAUCCUCAUCCACGACUGCGAGAACGUGACGCUGCGCGGCGGCGGCGCCGUCGACGGCCGGUCGGAGAUCCCGCACACGGAGCCCGUCGGCGGCCGCUUCGACCCCGCGACCAACUACCCGACGAAGCUCAUCGUCGUCAAGUCGUCGAAGAACGUCGCCAUCCACGGCAGCGCCGGCGAGCCCCUGCGCCUCGCCCGCGGCGGCUGGAUCACGCUCCUGCUCAACAACGCGUCCCACGCGGUCGUCCGCCACGUCGACGUCGCCGCGGCCCGCGACGGCGUCAACGUCAUCUCGUCGCGCCACGUCAAGCUCGACCGUUUGCACGUGCGCGGCGGCUCCGACGACGCCAUCGCGCUCAAGUCGGACUGGGCGCUGCGGCGCGUCCUGCCCAUGUACGACGUCCAGGUCACGAACUCCGUCGUCCGCUCGGAGAAGUGCAACGGCCUGCAGAUCGGCUCGGAGACCGUGGGCAACAUCUCCGACAUCUUAUUCCACAACGUGACGGUGCUCGGCGCCGCCAAGGCGGCCAUGUCCAUCGUGACCAUGGACGGGUCCCACAUCUCCCGGGUCCGCUACGAGCGGAUCCGCGCGCAGAACGUGCAGGCCCUGGCCUUCAUCGUCGUCGGCGCGCGCCUGCGGCGGCCGGGCAUCGGCGAUGCUCAAGUUGUGAUGGACGAGUGGAUCGGCACCAUUUCCGACGUGUCCAUCAACAACGUGCUCGCGCACAACGUGUCCGCGCCGAACGCGUGGAAGGGCUACUCCUACAACUACUCGACGCAUCUGGACGGGCUGGCCAAGGGCCGGUGGACGUCGGGCUCGAAGCGGUCCGUGCCCGCCUACGAGGCCCUGGAGAACCACCCGCUCGGGCCGCGGAUCUCCAUCACGAACGUCCGCGCGGAGGUCUGGGGCAAGGGCGAGGCCGCGAUGAAGCUCUGGGAGCCCGCGCACAACCCCAAGUCCUACGUCGAGCGCAACGUCGGCCCGUCGCCGGCCUUCGGCGCCUUCGUGCGCAACGCCGUCGACGUGACGCUCGAGAAGUGGGACGUGCGCGCGGCGCACAACGACGACCGGCCGGCCUUCGUCUUCGACGGCGUCCGCGGCAACCGCCUCGUCAACUCCGCCGCGGACCGGGGCGCGGCGAGCGCCUUCGACGUGGGCCUGCGCAACGCCGCCGACGUCGCCGUCCACGGCGGGCUCAAGGCCGUCGACGAGGGCGCCUUCGAGGUGCGCCAGCGCAUCAAGCCGCCGCUCAACUCGGGCCUGCCCUACCCGCCCUACUUCUUCGACACGUAA